UGUUGUGUCAGGAUGAGCAAGAACAGUGAGGAUUUAGAAUGUGACCCCAGGUCGAAGGUGAAGGACCGGUUUCCCCGGAUAGUUAUAAUUAUAGUAAUGGCAGAGUUUUGUGAGAGAUUUUCUUACUCUGGUAUGAGAGCGUUCUUGACAUUAUAUUUAAGAAGUAAAUUGGGAUAUUCUGACGACGAAGCCACCGAGUUGUACCAUGUUUUCUCUACAUUUGUAUAUUUAUUCCCCAUUUUUGGAGGCAUCAUGGCGGACAAUUACCUUGGGAAAUUCAGGACGAUAUUGUACAUGAUGUUUGUGUACGCUGCUGGUAAUUUGCUGGUUGCCGUCACUGCCAUACCGCAACUUGCUUUACCAGGAAGAUUAUGCACGCUCCUAGGCUUAUUCCUGAUAACAGUGGGCACAGGCGGUAUUAAGCCUUGUGUCACUGCGUUCGGCGGUGACCAGUUCCGAUUGCCGGAACAGGAGAAAUACUUGGCUGUGUAUUUUAGUGUGCUGUACGUUAAUACUUGCGCGGGCAGUCUAAUAGCGAAGUCCGUGUCGCCGAUUCUGCGUUCCGAAGUGCACUGUUUCGGCGAUAAAGACUGCUACUCACUGGCCUUUGGUGCUCCUGGGUUCGUCGUACUCUGCUCCAUAGUGAUUUUCGUGAGCGCCCGCAACCGAUACCUGAUCAAAAAGCCUCAAGGGAAUGUGGUGGUCGACUUCGUCAAAUGCGUCACUUUGGGACUCAAAAACCUAAUCCUGCGUCGGAAGAAAGACAAGAACUCGCAUUGGCUGGACAGCACACAGCACCAGUAUGACCAGCGCUUCAUCAGGGACAUCAAGAAAACGUUCUCUAUUCUCAUGCUCUUCACAGUCAUUCCGGUCUUCUGGGCUUUGUUGGAUCAGAUGGGUUCCCGCUGGACGUUACAAGCGACGAAGGUCUCCGGGAACUUGGGCUUCGUGACCAUCAAGCCCGACCAGCUUCAGGUCAUUAACCCCAUAUCCAUCAUCAUACUGAUACCGCUGCUGCAGAAGUACGUGUACCCGUUUUUCACACGACGAAACAUGCUAGUAAAUCCUCUACAUAAGCUGACGCUGGGCGGAGUCCUGGCUGGUAUUGCCUUCAUAGUGUCAGCUGUCAUGGAAAUAUAUAUUAAGACGACCUACCCUCAACUGCCAACUCCCGGCCUGGCACAACUUCGGAUAUUUAACGGAAAUCCAUACUCUGUCAACAUAUCAAACCACAACAUAUCAUACUCUAUCCCACAACAUAACUUUUUCGUCAAAAAAGACUUCGAAACACACGACACAGAGAAUUUAACAUUGAAUUUAUCUAUCAACGAAGAAUAUCUAGAUUCUUUCGAGAGAGAAUUUAUUUUAGAGGAGAAUAAAGCGAACUCGUAUUUCUUGGACGGGGGCGAAGUGUACGGAUUUUUCGAUAAUGUGGAUAAGAGUAAAUCAGGGCUGCCUAUAGUGAGAUUUUUAGUAUCCCACCGAGUGAACGCCACAGACAUAAAGUUCUACAACGAAAAGAGGAACGAGAUAGAAACACAGAUGAGCGUGGGAGUGUCACAACAAAUGGAGGUGUUCGCUUCGACGUAUUCCGUCUGGGUGGGUGAUGACGUGGUGACGAGGCAUUUGGAGAUGAAAGAGGGCGCUGUGUACACUGUACUUGUGGAUAAAGAUGGUGAUGAAUAUAAAGCAAAUGUGGUAGUGGUCACGGAGCCGAACUCCAUAUCCAUGGCUUGGCUGUUACCGCAGUUUCUCAUCAUGGCUGUGGCGGAGGUGUUGUUCUGCGUAACGGGCAACGAGUUUGCCUUCAAGGAGUCACCAGAAAGCAUGAAGGCUGUGAUGUCGGCCAUCUGGAUGCUGACGGAAGCCAUGGGGAACAUUCUUAUCAUUAUCGUCACGAGGUUCAUGACGGGUUACGAAAAGGAAACCCAACUAUUUUUCUACACGGGCCUCAUGUUCGUCGCCAUCUUUAUCUUCCACUUCAUGGCUCGGAACUACCAGUUCAGAGAGGAAACCGAUCAAAUCAAGGAUAAGAGGAGUAACAGCGACGCCAUGUAUCUGGAGGUUGCACAGACUGAGGACCUGCUGGAUCAUUAGCGGUCAAUCACCUUUUCAAUAUAAUUUUCACCACACCAACUGGUAAAGGCUUUCUUUGCUAUUGGAAACAAGUAGCAAAAUUGCAUUUUAUCCACAAGGGGGCAAAGUAAUUUCAUACAAAGUUUAACUCAAUGUCUUAAU